AGACUUGUAUGAUCGCGUCGAGGAAAACCCGCCAUGAGCAAAUCAUCUCUCCCAUGACCUUUCGUCGCGAUCGGAACACAUGAGUGACCCGUACAAUAUACGUAUCUCUUUUGUUGCUUACAUGAUGCUCACGUUAUUCCUAAGAAUUCUACUCUGUUGCAUUGCUCUCUUAAGACACUUGCCUAUAAAAACCCUCUUGCCCUCCCAAUACUCCUUCCUCUCUUGUCCCCCCUCUCUCAGUCUCUCUCUCUCUCUGAGUAUGGAGCUGGAGCUGGCUCAGUUAAGUGGAGUGAAAAACUCCAGCCUCGCUCAGCCAAACACUGCUCAUACUCUCCUCCAUUUCCCUCCCCAACAAAAACCACCGCAUUUCCCCUUCAGCGCCCUGCAUACAGACCCUAAAAUCUCACCUGAUUUCACCAUAUCGUCGAUCCCCUUCGGCGGUUUCUUCCCCAGUCCCCACCUCACUGGCGAGCUCUCUCCAAACCCAUUUCUCUGUGACAACUACGCCGCCUUUGACGAGGCCGGCGAAGAUCGCGUCAACCAACGUCAUCACUUUGACCAUGUCAGUAAUGUCGUCCAUGAGAAGAAGCUGAGAAGGAGGAUAUCGAACCGGGCGUCUGCGCGGAGGUCGCGGCUGAGGAAGAAGAAGCAGAUCGAAGAGCUCCAAAUGCAAGUGGACCAGCUCCGAGGCGCCAACAACAAACUCGCUGACAAAAUCAUUAGCCUUUUGGAGAGCAAUAGCCAGAUCCUCCAAGAGAAUGGUCGGCUCAAAGAGAAGGUCUCUUCGCUCCAGGUCAUUGCGACGGAACUAUUGACCCCUUUCAGGAACGUGGAAGAAGUUGCUUGCAUUCUUAAGACCGAGGCAUUGAACUGAUCGGUGCAUUGACACAUGCACAAGUUGUAACAGACUUGGUAAAAAAGUUAUAGAGACGAAAGUAUAGAGAGAGCACUCACUGCAAUAAUGGCUCUUCAAUCCCAAAUAGUACUUUCUGGUGGCUAUUAUCGUAUGCACGGCUUGCAAGAUGCGCUGCACUUGCUUGAAUGAACAAAUUGAAAAUAUUAAGUUUA